AUGCAUUUCUCUAACGCAGCACUCCUUGCCUUCUCGGUCAGCAUGACUUACGCUGCACCUUUUGCCAACCCAGAGAGCGGAGAGGUUGCUCGUCCCAAGCCCUACUCAGUGGUCAAUGUCGACGGAGAGUCUUCUAGCUCUGCUGCACCCGAGAUCGAUACUGUCUUCGAGACAUCUACAGUCACUGCUCCCGGUGCUGACCCAGUUCCUGUCACCGUCACUGUGACUGCCAGUCCCUCAAGUGUGCCCUACUCGACUCCCGUCGCUAGCUCAACUCCUUGUCUGGAGACACCUUCUGUCCGCAAUGAUGUCCCCCUCCCAUCAAUUGCUCUUCCCACUGCGGGUUCUUUCUUUCGCCGCGGCCUGAAAGCUGCUGGUCAACCCGCGCUCUUCGCUCGCGAGUACUCGUACUCCAGCGCUUCUCCCGUCUCGGUCGAGGCUCGUGAAUAUCCCACUUCUUCUGCCUCUCUCUAUGCCCGCAGCUACCCCUCCGCUUUCGGUGCUGCUUCUUCUCUGAGCCCUUCCGUGUCUGCCACUCCUCUCGUCGCUCGCGACUGGGUGUCUCCCUCAAGCCUGAGCUCCUCUGCUACUGGUACCCCUCUUGUUGCCCGUGCUUGGUACACUGCUGCUCCUAGCAGCUCUUCUUCUGCUGCCGCAUCCGCGACAUCGCUCGUGGCCCGGGCCUUUGGUAGCUGGUCCUCUUCCGCUUCCGCCUCUCCCUCUGCCACCUCUCUCGUCGCCCGUGACUGGUACUCGGUUGCCCCCAGCUCCUCCAUUGCCACUCCUUCCGCUUCUGGAACCUCACUGGCUGCCCGUGCCUGGUACACCUCUGCCCCAGUCUCCAGCGCUACUGUCUCUCCCACUCUGGCCGCUCGUGACUGGCACUCUACUUCUGCUAUCCCCUCCAGCUCAAGCGCUGCCCCCUCGGUCGCUCCUUUGGCUGUCCGCGGCGAGUACGGCUGGUCCUCUUACAUCCCCAGCUCCUCCGUCGCUACCCCCACUGCCUCUGCUUCUCUCAUUGCCCGUGGCAACCGCAGUUGGGCCUCUAGCGUCUCUACCCCCGUCUCCAGCGGCUUCGUUGCCUCCGCUACCCCUGUGGUCUACUAA